AUGGUGAAGGAGCCUGUGCAUGCUCGAGACAUUCGCAGAAUGGUGAAUGCGUUUUCAUCAGCGAAUGUGCCGUCCAUUGAAAUUCGAAAGCAGGCGAUACUUUUCAGUGCUGAUGAAACGUAUGGCGGGAACCCGAAUUACCAUCGUGCCCCGACUGCUGGGGAAACUACCGAUAGGAUGCAGCUGGACGCUGUGAAUGAAGGCUUCCCAAAUAGUGCGAACUUGAGUUCCAAAGAGCUCGGCGAAUGA